AUGCCAGGCUCAGACCGAGUCUCGCUCAAUCGCCGCUCCUCCACGCAGCAUUACCAGACCUUUGAUACUCCGCCGCCCAAGUCGCGUGGACGACCGAACUCAGGCCAGUCCGAAUCCUCAGCAGAUGGCUCCCACGAUCCCCACCAUGACGCCACUGAUCACCCAGGAACACAAUCGCCAUUGCCAAAGAAGCAGAUGGCAGUGCUAGCCAUGAUUGCCCUGGCCGAGCAAACCGCGCUGAAUUCAAUCAGUCCCUAUCUCCCCGACAUGGCAUCAUCAUUUCCCGAGGUGGAGCCGGGUCAGGUGGGCGUGUACGUUGGGACUAUUGCAUCGGCAUUCGCACUGGCACAAUUUGGCACAAACUACUUCUGGGGCUGGCUCUCGGACCGUGUUGGUCGUAAGCCGGUGAUUCUGCUUGGCACUUUUUUGACUGCCUUGUGUUUUGUCGCGUUCGGAUUCUGCAAGACUCUCGGACAAGCCAUUGUAGUGCAGGCGCUGAUGGGUGUGGUCAAUGGCAACCAGGGACUGGUCUCUACAUGCCUUGGAGAAAUCACCGACCGAAGCAACCAGUCCCAGGCUUUCACAUACCUCCCCGUUCUGUACGGAAUCGGUGGUAUAACCGGUCCUCUCCUGGGGGGGCUUUUGGUCUUCGAGACAAAUCCAUUCACCGGAAACAAAAAUCCAUACCCAUAUCUUGCGCCAAAUGUCGUGUCCGCCGUCAUCCUUCUGGUCGAUCUUGUCUUGACUACAUUUUUCCUAGAAGAGAGUUUAGAAGACGCGGACAGUAUUCCAAAGAUUGGCAAAAAGGUGCGCAGCCUUUUCACAUGGCUGUGGCAGUUUACCAGCUCUUCUCGCCGUCCGACCUAUGUAGAGGUCCCGCAGGCGGUCCCAUAUCCCCAUGAUCACCGCGGCACAGAAAAUGAAGACCAUGAUAGUGACCUGGACUCUGCGUCCGAGGUCUCCAGCUUACUUGGGCACCACGAGGAACUUGCCUGGGAUGAGAUCUUCACUCGAGACACUAUCUUACUUCUUUUGACUUAUUUGAUCUUUGCAUUCUGCAACGUUUCUUUCAACUCGCUGUUCCCAAUCUUUACGCAAGCCAAACCCCCGGCGGGACGAUCACUCACACCGUCUGAGAUUGGGCUUUCGCAAGGAUUUGCUGGUGUUGUGACCAUUAUAUUCCAGAUUUGUAUCUUCAAUCGCCUGCGUGACAAGAUGGGCAACCGAUGGUCUUACCGUGCAGGGCUUUUUGGCUUCGUCGUCUCAUUCAUGUUGAUGCCUUUCGUCGGGUACAAGAGCAGUAACACCCAGAGCUUGACUGGUAAGUCAGCGCUCAUGGCGACCGAACUGUGCUUCGUAUUGCUAGUCAAGACCAUAGCUUCCGUGGGUGGUCUGACCAGCGCUCUGCUCUUGGUCACAAACUCUGCACCCAACCAUGCCGUGCUAGGUGCGCUCAAUGGUCUUGCCCAGACCCUUUCGGCAGCCGGACGAGCGGUCGGCCCAUUCCUUUCGGGAGGACUAUUCUCCCUCACAGCCAAGAUCCAACCGAAGGGCGAAGCCGUGGCAUUCGGCGUCUUCGGUGCCGUCUCCUUCAUCGGAUUCAUCUUGAGUUUCGGAAUUCGGGGCCGAUCACUCGAAGCAGACGGCUGGGGCGAGGACAGCGAUGAUGGAAACUACAAGUCGGACGAGGACGAAUCAAACACCCCUUGA